AUGGCUAGCGCCGGGCAAGCACAAUCAGCGUCGCCGCCGGAUCCCCGGUUCACGAUUGACGACGUCGCAGAGACUCACGACGAUCUCCACGACGACGUUGGCAAUGUCGCACACGAAGUGGUCAUUGUCGCGAACGGAUUCCGAUCCAGCGAUUCGUCGUGGCCGCAGGCGAAGUCGUCGUCUUCACCACUCUCCACCACCGUCAUCCGCGCAGGGAAGUUGGAAUCGCAAGACGAUCUCGACGCUAACAACGAGUUCGACAAUAGAGAGGACGGCUUGGAGGAUCGGGAGCCUAUGCUCAAAUCACCAGCAGGAGCAGCAUCCGGAAAGCUUAAACCGUUCAGCUUGGAAACGCCAGCACACGGCGGUGGAGGGGGAGGCCACCACGGCGCAGGCGGCGGCCAUGGAUUCGCAGGAGCUACAGUGUCAAGCGGGAUUUUUAAUCUCUCCACGUCGAUUAUCGGAGCAGGCAUUAUGGGUCUACCAGCCACUCUCAACGUGCUCGGCUUGCCGCUCGGAGUGCUGCUGCUUGUAGCGAUGGGCCUUCUAACGGAGCUGUCGAUCGAGGUGCUGGUGAACGCGUCGGCGGUGCGGCGAAUCUGGACGUACAGCGGGCUGGUGGUGGAGGACUGCGGGCAGCGGUCGCGCCUCGUGCUGGAUCUGGCCGUGCUGGUGAACAACGUGGGCAUGUGCACCGUGUACCUCAUCAUCGUUGCUGACGUUGUGGCGGGCACAUCAUCACAGCAUGCACCAUCAUCCCCAGUGGAGGCCAUGCGGGAGGCAUCACUGCACGAGGGGCUGCUGGCGGAGUGGGGGCUGGUGGCGGGUGCAUGGUGGCCCAUGCGUCCCAUCGUCAUCAUCUCCACCAUGCUGCUCGUGCUCGCCCCGCUUGUGGCGCUUAAGCAUGUCGACUCCCUGCACUACACGUCAGCACUGUCCAUAGCCCUGGCAGUGGUGUUUGUGGUGAUCACAGUGGUCGUGGCGGCAGUGCAGUGGGUGCAGGGGCGCAUCCAGCCUCCGCGCAUGCUGCCCGCGUGCUCCUCGCUCAAGGACCUCUCGGGCCUCUUCUCCGUCAUGCCGGUCAUGGCAACAGCAUACGCGUGCCACUACAAUGUGCACUCCAUCUUCGUGGAGCUAAAGGACCGCACAGCAGCAACCAUGCUGCGCGUCACGCGCUCCUCGCUACUCCUCUGCACCACAGUCUACGUCCUCACAUCUGUCUCCGCCUUCCUCCUCUUCGGCGCCAGCACAGCCUCAGACGUGCUCAUCAACUUCGACCGGGACCUCGGCCUGCCUCUCUCCUCUCUCAUCAACGACACAGUCCGAGUCACCUACGUCCUCCAUAUAGUCUUUGUCUUUCCCGUGAUCUUCUACUCGCUGAGAAUAAUCGCCGACGAUUUGAUUUUCCCCGGAGCGGAAAAGCCGUUGCUGGAGGAUGAUAGGAGGUUUGCGGUGGUGACGGUGGGGGGGAUGGUGCUGGUGGGGGUGGGGGCGGUUAUGGUGCCGAAUAUUGGCCUGGCAUUUGAUAUCACGGGGGCUACUGCAACCAUGCUGCUCGCCUUUGUCUUCCCGGCGCUGCUAACUCUCAAGGACCGCCUUGGGCUGUUUGCAUCAUGGCACAGGGCAGUGGCACACUUCCUUCUUGUAUUUUCUGCACUCGUCAGCAUUACAGGCCUCUCCAGUGGCCUUUACCAUGCAUUUGUGUAG